CCUUCCCCAGCUUCUUCCUCCGUCCUAAUCCUCACCCUUCCCCUCGUGCAGAUGCAGUCCAGCACACCCCUGACUUCCGCCCACAACUAUAUGCCUCCCCUGCACCACGCAUGCCGCGCUUCCUCCCCGGCAACACGAGCAACAACGAUACGACCGGUCUCGAGCGACCUCUCGGCAACCCUCGCGUCGAGGAAUAUGUCUUCCCCAUCCUGAUCGCGCUGGCGUGGUGCAAUGCCCUCGAACUCGUGGUGCUGUGCUUCAACACCUUCAAACGCUACGAGGGCCCUUACUUCUGGAGUCUCCUGGUCGCCUCCCUCUCCAUCAUCCCCUUCGGCCUGGGCUACCUCCUCAAGAUGUUCGAUCUCACGGCCACGCACUUCUACCUGGAGAUCGCCCUGUCCGACCUCGGCUGGGCCGGCAUGGUCACCGGCCAGUCCCUUGUGCUCUGGUCGCGCCUGCACCUGGUCCUCCACAACGCGCCGCGCUUCCUGCACGCGCUGUUCUGGCUCAUCGUCCUCGACGGGCUGCUGCUGCAUAGUAGCGCCACCGCCCUCGAGUUCGCGACCAACGCCCUCCCGCACUCCCCGUCGGUGACCUUGGGGUUCGGCGUCAUUGAACGCAUCCAGGUGGUCUGGUUCUGCCUGCAGGAGUUGGUCCUGUCCGGGGUGUAUAUCUUCGAGACGGCGCGGCUGCUCAAGUUGGAUGCUGGGGGUGGGAGUCGUUCGCGGCGUCUGUUAUCGCAGUUGCUGGUGGUGAAUGUGGCGAUUGUGGUGCUGGAUGUUUCGGUGGUCGCGAUUCAGUAUGCGGGAUAUUUUACCUUCCAGGUUACCUUCAAGGCGUUGGCGUAUAGUAUUAAGUUGAAGCUCGAUAAAUCAGAGGAACAGUUACAAUUCGCGAACAUUUAG